CACACCCCACAGUCUUAUCUUGUCUCCCAGAUUUUCCUCUAAUAUCGAGUGCAAUUAUUUUCCUCUUGUAAUGGCAAGAAGGUCAGAUCCCCUUGUAAUUGGAAGAGUCAUAGGAGAUGUUAUUGAUUAUUUCUCCCCAACUGUUAAAAUGUCUGUCACUUACAACUCCAACGAGCAUGUCUACAAUGGUCAUGAGCUGUUUCCCUCCACAGUGGCCUUUAAACCUAGGGUUGAGGUUCAUGGAGGUGAUAUGAGAUCGUUCUUUACUCUGAUUAUGACAGACCCUGAUGUUCCUGGUCCUAGUGAUCCCUUUCUUAAGGAAUACUUACACUGGAUAGUUACAGACAUUCCAGGCACAACUGAUUCUUCAUUUGGAAGAGAAGUGUUGAGCUAUGAAAUGCCAAAGCCGAACAUAGGGAUCCACCGGUUUGUAUUCAUUCUCUUCAAGCAGAAAAAAAGGCAGACAAUGAGUGCCCCACUUUCCAGGGAUAAAUUCAGCACUAGAAAAUUUGCGGAAGAAAAUGAACUUGGCCUUCCUGUAGCUGCUGUGUUCUUCAAUUGCCAGAGGGAAACAGCUGCAAGAAGACGCUAAGAGCUCUACCAGUGCUACGUACAUUGACUGUUAUCCGGAAUUGCUAAUAAUUAAUCCGCUGCUUCUUCAUUCAAAAGUCCUCACAUCAAAGUACAAUAAUCAACUUGUAGUAGGAACUGUUCCUAAUUUUAUCGAGAAUCAAGCUCGUUAUAACAAGUAAUGGAGCGGAUUUAAGAGUUCA